AUGAAUCGUAACGCAAGGAAUUCGCACGUAUUUUACCUUCCCGUGGGGUUGACACCGUUCCAGAGAGAUUUGACAGAAAUUUUAGUCUCGUUACAUGCUAGAUCCUUCCAAAAAGAGCUCGACUCUUCGAAUAAUAUCGAUGAUAAGGAUGCUGUAGCGGAAUAUCCCCAAAUAUCUUCAAAGCAGAUGACUCAUAUGCUUGACAAGGGCAUAAGAGUUGUUGCUAAUCAUCCAUGUCUACUUGUCGAACACUACAUGCCAAGACAGUUUCUUCGAAUGGUACCUACAGAAAAUUUAGUUACGACUAGUGAUAAAUUUCAAAAAUUGCAAGAGUUAUUAUCUCGAUUCAUCCAACGUGAUAGGCAAACAUUUCCUGAUGCUUUGAAAAUUUGCAUUAUAUCACAUAAUGUGAGAGAAUUGGACAUUUUAGAAGGUUUAGUCUUGGGUAAAAGAGUCAGAAUUAAAAGGUUAUCAGGAGCUUCUUUGUACGAUGAAAAGCAUGUUUUCCCACUAGAACGAUCAUGUUCUCCUGUAGAUGCAAGUAAUUCCAAAGACGGUACGCCGAGCAACGAAUCUGGUUCGAACAGGUAUACUGGGUAUCAUCGCGACGACUAUGAUUAUUCAUUGAAGCACAAGAUGAAAUCUGUGCAGGCAAUCGAUGAGGAUUGGUUAUUUUUAACCACAACUACACAUUUAACUAACAACCCUGAACUUAUGAGAGGUUAUAAUGUGGACUAUAUCAUCAGUUUUGAUCCCUCGAUAGACCCAUUUUUGCCGGCGUUAGAUAAUAUAAGGAAAAAAGGACAAAAAAGAUUGCCGUUGGUGAAACUUUUAGUUAAGGAUUCACCCGAUCAUUUCUUGCUAGAAAAUCCACCAACAGAAGGUACUGACAAUUAUCAACAUUCGAAAGCCGCCAUUAAACAUUUCCUUUCAACCAGACAUACAACAUACAACAACUUACCAUCGGUAGACUAUAAGCAAGUGGUAGAUAUGCUACUUCGAGGUGAAAAUACCAUCCCAUCAUUAUCAGAAAUUCCACUCUCUCAAGUCUCCACAGAUGUACCACCUUUUGAGCUAAUUAUGACAAGGCUAGAUUUCAGCGAUAACCAAUUGACUAUGAAUGAGGAUGUAUUCGAUAUGAAAUCCUACCAAUCAGAAUUGAAUAAAAGGACGUUAGAUCGACUACUUAAAGUUCAGAACGAAUGCCGACAUGGUGACGAAAUUCUAACGAGGAAACGUCAUUAUGAAACGGAAAGACAAGACUAUUUGGACGAAACGAGAGUGGAAGCAGGCAACGUUUUCAAAAAAUUCCAAGAUGGUGAGAAAUCGAUUAUAGACUCUGAGAAACGAUUAGAAAGAUGUAAAAGCGAAGCCUCUAAAUUAGAUGACAAGAUCAAGGCAUUGGAUGGCGCUCUAGAGGAGGCGAAAAGAAUAACUUUGUUAGCAGAUGUCGAUCCAGAGCUCCAACAGUAUACUGAAAAGAUCAGUACUCUUAAAACUCUGUUAGGAUCCCUUUCAGAACAGAAUUUGCAAAGGAACCAACACAAUGAUUCAUUGAGAUCUCAAUACCAACAAAAAUCCUCAGAGGCCGCGGAACAAUCUCAACGUACUAAGGUGCUCAAAGAUGAAGUGGACCAGUUGCACAAAGAUUUGGAGGGACCAGGUCUACAGAUACAAACUAAAACACUAUUAUCGCAGGAACAAAAACUGAAGAACGAUUUGGCAUCCUUGAAGUCCCGUUCCAAAUUUCUCAAAUCAUACGUGACGAAAAUGGCUUCUUACUACGGUUUAAAGCCUUCUUCAAGCGAUGAUUCCUUGUCCAACGGCACUCACGGUCAGAAUGGUAGAUCCAACGCCAGGUAUCGCUCUACAAGGUCAAAUACACCAGCUUACACGUAG